AUGAAGAUGUAUCUCAUAAAAUCAAAACUGAGUGGAUAAAGUGGAAGAGUGCGUCAGGAUUUAUAUGCGAUAGAGGUAUGCCGACUAGACUGAAGGGUAAAUUUUAUAGGACAACAAUUAGGUCUGCAUUACUGUAUGGCGUAGAGUGUUGUGCGGUGAAACAAUUUCACAUUCAAAAGAUGAGUGUGACGAAGAUGCGCAUGCUGUGUUGGAUGUGUGGGCAUACUAGGAAGGACCACGUGAGGAAUGAUACAAUCAGACAAAUGGUGGGAGUAGCACCUAUUGAAGACAAGAUGCGGGAGCGCGCCUACGGUGGUCUGGUCAUGUGCGUAGAAGACCGAGUGAUGCACCUGUCAGACGAGAUGAGAUGUGUGGAGAAGAGGCAGGGAAGAGAGGAAGAGGAAGGCCCAAAUAGACGUGGGUUAAGGGAGUCCGAAGUGAUAUGCUUCUUCUUGGGUUAGAUGGGGGUAUGACUUUGGAGAGAGCAAAGUGGAGGGCUGGGAUUCGUGUGGAGGAGUGAUCUCGUAUUAUCUUUUCCCAUCAUCUUUUUUUUCUUGUUUUUUAUCCUUUUAUCCUUAUAUAUAUAAACAUUAUUUUUAUCCUUUUUAUUUUUUCAUUUUUAGGUAUAUUCAUCUCUUUUUUAUAUUAUCUUUUUUAAUAGCUCAUCUUUUUUUAUCUUUAUUUUCUUUCUUUCCCUUUUGGUGGUGAUAUCAUGUAUUGAUUGAUGUUAGUCGACCCCAAUAUCUUUUGAGACUAAGGCUUGGAUGUUGUUGUUGUUGUUGUUGU